CCCGCCUCCCGCCUCCCGCCCCGGGAGGAAGCGGAGGGGCGCGGUGUAAACAGAGCUGCGGCCGUGAUGUCAGCCGGUCACAUGGAGCCUCUUAUGGCUCCGGAUGGCUCUCGGCGGGCGGGCAGCUGCGGCAGCUGCUGCUGUGGCUCGGGCGGCGGCGGCAGAGGGGGCUCCGGGGUCGGACCAUCCGCUCUCCCUGCGCGCUCUCCGCACCGCGGCUUAAAUGAUGUAUUUUGUGAUCGCAGCGAUGAAAGCUCAAAUUGAAAUUAUUCCAUGCAAGAUCUGUGGAGACAAAUCAUCAGGAAUCCAUUAUGGUGUCAUUACAUGUGAAGGCUGCAAGGGCUUUUUCAGGAGAAGUCAGCAAAGUAACGCCACCUACUCCUGUCCCCGGCAGAAGAACUGUUUGAUUGAUCGAACCAGCAGGAACCGUUGUCAACACUGCCGGUUGCAGAAAUGUCUGGCUGUGGGGAUGUCUCGUGAUGCUGUCAAAUUCGGCCGAAUGUCCAAAAAGCAGAGAGACAGCUUGUAUGCAGAAGUGCAGAAGCACCGGAUGCAGCAGCAGCAGCGAGACCACCAGCAGCAGCCUGGAGAGGCCGAGCCGCUGACACCCACCUACAACAUCUCAGCCAAUGGGCUGACAGAGCUGCACGAUGACCUCAGCACCUACAUGGACGGCCACACCCCCGAGGGCAGCAAGGCCGACUCUGCUGUCAGCAGCUUCUACCUGGACAUCCAGCCCUCCCCAGACCAGUCCGGGCUCGAUAUCAAUGGGAUCAAACCAGAACCCAUUUGUGACUACACACCAGCAUCCGGUUUCUUUCCCUACUGCUCCUUCACCAAUGGCGAGACUUCCCCAACCGUGUCCAUGGCAGAACUAGAACACCUUGCACAGAACAUAUCUAAGUCACACCUGGAAACCUGCCAAUACUUGAGAGAAGAGCUGCAGCAGAUCACGUGGCAGACCUUCCUGCAGGAAGAAAUUGAGAACUAUCAAAACAAGCAGCGGGAGGUGAUGUGGCAAUUAUGUGCCAUCAAAAUCACAGAAGCUAUACAGUAUGUGGUGGAGUUUGCCAAACGCAUUGAUGGAUUUAUGGAGUUGUGUCAAAAUGAUCAAAUUGUGCUUCUGAAAGCAGGUUCCCUAGAGGUGGUGUUUAUCAGAAUGUGCCGUGCCUUUGACUCUCAGAACAACACCGUGUACUUUGAUGGGAAGUAUGCCAGCCCAGAUGUCUUCAAAUCCUUAGGUUGUGAAGACUUUAUUAGCUUUGUGUUUGAAUUUGGAAAGAGUUUAUGUUCUAUGCACCUGACUGAAGAUGAAAUUGCAUUAUUUUCUGCAUUUGUCCUGAUGUCAGCAGAUCGCUCCUGGCUGCAGGAAAAGGUAAAAAUUGAAAAGCUGCAGCAGAAAAUUCAGCUAGCUCUUCAACAUGUCUUACAGAAGAACCACCGAGAAGAUGGAAUACUAACAAAGUUAAUAUGCAAGGUGUCUACGUUAAGAGCCUUAUGCGGACGGCAUACAGAAAAGCUAAUGGCGUUUAAAGCAAUAUACCCAGACAUUGUACGACUUCAUUUUCCUCCAUUAUACAAAGAGUUGUUCACUUCAGAAUUUGAGCCAGCGAUGCAAAUUGACGGGUAAAGGUUAUCACCCAAGUACUUCAAGAAUGUCUGAAGUAUAAAUAUGAAAAAGAAAACAGAAAAAAAAACCAACAACAAUAAAAAAAAAAGUAACCAAGACACUUUUUAUGGCCCUGCACAGACAGCCCUGGAGCGCCAACACACUGCACAUUUUUCUUUUUUUUUUUUUUUUGUGAUUGGGGGUCAGGCAAAGGAGGGAGACAAUGGAAGCAAAUAAAAGUUGAACUUCGUUUUUC